AUGACUGUCAAAGUUGCAAUCAUUGGAGCAGGCCUCAUCGGUCCUCGCCACGCAAAAUCGGUCAUCUCGAACCCCUCAACGGAGCUCAUUGCUCUCGUGGACCCAAUGCCAACGGGUGAAGCCACUGCAUCAGACCUCCAGACGAACUACUACUCUUCUGUGGCCUCCCUGCUUGCAUCUCCCCACCGGCCUCACGCAGCAAUCGUUUGCACCCCGAAUCACACCCAUGUCCCCGUUGCAAAGGAACUCCUUGCAGGAGGAGUCCAUGUCCUCCUGGAGAAACCGGUGAGUGACACCUUGGAGAAGGGUCGGUCUCUCUUGGAGUUCGCCAAGGCCCCUGAACAGGCCCAUCUCAAGCUCUUGGUGGGCCACCACCGUCGUUUCAAUCCCUACGUGCGGGUAACCAAGUCGAUCCUAGAAAGCGGUUCUCUGGGACGACCCAUCGCAAUCAAUGGACUCUGGACUCUAUACAAGCCAGACCCAUACUUCGCCCCACCAACCGACUGGCGCGCCUCGAACGAGACUGGUGGCGGUGUGAUUCCCAUUAACCUCGUCCACGACAUCGACUUGAUGCACCACUUCUUCGGACCAAUCGUCCGGGUCACCGCGGAGCCUAUUCUGCCACAGCGUUCAAGUCCACACAAUGCCGACGAAGGCGCGGCGCUGACCUUGCGAUUUGCAUCCGGCGUCGUCGGGACAUUCCUGGUGUGUGACGCCACCCCCUCGCCACACAGCUUCGAGACCGGGACGGGCGAGAACCCGCUGAUUCCGAAAACUACAACGGGAGGCGACUCGGACUUCUACCGGAUCUUUGGUUCGGAUGCAUCUCUGAGUGUGCCUGACCUGACGCGGUGGAGCUACGACACCAGCCCUGAGAAGAGCUGGAAUCACCCGCUGACCGUGGAUCGGAUUCCCCUUCCCGACAACAAGGCGCCGUUUGAUCUCCAGCUGGCACAUUUCGUGGAUGUGAUCAAUGGAGAUGUCGAGCCGAGCUGCUCUGGUGAGGAAGGCUUGCGCGCUUUGGUUGUUUGUGAGGCAGUCCAAAAGGCGAUUCGAUCUUGCCAGCCUGUAGACAUUGAUGUUGACUUGAGCAAGUCCGACUAG